AUAGAUUCAAAAACUCAAAGAUGCAGUUGUUGGCUGUGAUACUAGUCGUAAUCCUGGCCAGUUCGGCGCACUGCCGACCCACUUUCGAUAAGAUUGCCGAGGUGCUGUUGGGCGCACUGGACGAUCAACCAAAGUAUUAUCCGCCUGGAAGGCCCUACCCAUAUCAGCAUCCUGGACCGGGUCCACUCAUCCAAGAGGGCUACGAUCAUGGCUAUGAUCAUGGCUACGAUUAUCACUACGGCGGAGGCUAUGGCUACGGGCACCAGCAAGGACCCCCAGCUGGAUACUAUCCUCCUCCUCCUCCUCCAACCUCCUACUAUCCUCCGCCGCAGCAGGCUCGUCCUUCGCACGGUUACUACUCCCAGCAACAACCCCCGUCCUCUGGAUAUUAUCAACACAGGACGCAGGAACCCUAUGGAGGUGGCUACAAGCAGCGGGGUUACUAGCGGUUACACUUCCGAUCCCCCACCCGCAUCGAAUCAUCUGCUGUUCCAUCUGAUUGUUAAUGUGUAAUUUAUUAAAAUUAAAUUAUCUUUCGCCAACAA